AUGAGUCUCUUAGUAUGGAACUGUCACGGGCUUGGGAACCUACGUACAGGGAAGGAGCUUGAAGUUUUGAUUCGGGCUAAAGAUCCCUCCGUCGUGUUUUUAGCCGAAACAUGGGCGGACGAAGCUAGGCUAAAAGAAGUCCAAAGGAAUAUCAAGUUUGAUAAUUUGUUUUACGUGGAAAGAAAUCAUAGAGGUGGUGGGGGUUUGGCUCUAUACUGGAAGAAUUCCACGGAUGUACACGUAGAUUCAUUCUCCAAACAUCAUAUAGAUUCAAUUAUCAACAAAGGCAAUGAUGAAGCAUGGAGAUUCACAGGUUUUUAUGGAGAACCAGCAACUCACAUGAGAAUUGAAGCCUGGAAUAAACUCCGACUACUCAACACAAAACACAACCUCCCUUGGCUAUGCGCUGGAGACUUUAAUGAAAUCACCAGACACUCAGAAAAAUUGGGGGGUAACAAUAGAAGCCAAGCUCAGAUGCAACUUUUUAGGGAUGUCAUAGAUGAGUGUGGAUUCCUUGAUCUUGGGUAUGUAGGCGAUCAAUUCACUUGGAGAAAGCAUUUUGCAGAUGGUCACUCACUGUGGGAAAGAUUGGAUCGAGGUCUGGCCAACCACGAUUGGUUCAUGAAAUUCUCAGGUUCAAAAGUACAUCACCUGCAUUCAGACUCUUCAGAUCACUUACCACUAUGGAUCACCUUGGAUGGUUUAGAUAUUCCUACAUUCUCUAAACCAUUUAGGUUUGAAGAAAUGUGGCUCUCAGACCGUGGGUGCUCAGAGGUUGUAGAAGCGGUGUGGCUUUCUAGGGAAGAUGGAGAUGUGCAGGAUCAUGUCAUUCGUAAAAUUGACAAAUGUGGUAAAGAAUUAAGAGUUUGGAAUCGGAAUUGCUUUGGCAAUGUUAGAGUGGUGUUAAGUCGAAAGAGAAAGGAGUUAAAAGAUGCUGAAAAAGUAGCCAUGAGAUCCGGAAAUAAUCAACAGGUCAGAGAAUUGAAGAAGGAAAUUGCUGAGUUAGUUGACAAGGAAAAUAGACUUUGGUUCCAGAGGUCCAAAGUCUUGUGGGCAAAAUUUGGAGAUAGAAACUUAUAG